UUCUGCGUGCUCUGUCAUCAACCGGAGAGGAAGGAGGAUGAGGAAGUGGCUGCUGGAGCAGGACUUGAGAUGUAGCUACCUACACUAGUGCACCAGCAGCUGCCAGGAGUGUACUAGCUAGGAAGCUAGAUAAUAGUAAUAUUUUGACAAUGCGAUGGGUAACUGCUGGGCAUACUGUGCUGGGCUCUUCAGGAGAGAAGCCAACAGGAUCCAGAGAGGAGGCGGGUCAAAAUACUUCCGAAGCACCACCACAGGGGAACAUUAUACAAUAGAGUUUGAAAAUCUGGUAGAGAGUGAUGAGGCUGAGAGCCCGCAGCCCUGCCCGAGGCCCAUCAAUGAAGAUGAAAUCAAGAACCUCAAAGAACACCGCUACACUGCGCUCUCCGACAAUCAGAUCCUGAUCGACCGGAAGAUACAAGCGGCGUUAGAGGCACAAGAGGAGAAGUUGAGGCUAGAAGAGGAGGCUAGAAAUGCCACCCAGCGCGAGGCUGCCAGGUUGGCGCGUGAACGAAAAUUGAAGGAGCAGCUGCCUGCCCAGAGGACACGGGGGAAAGCAGAUGGCUUCAGCGGUGAAACUCAGCAAAGAAAGGCUCCUGGUGAGGAUUUUGACGUCUUCCUCCAUCAUGUAAAAGCCCAGUCGGACGCUUUCAGGGGCAGCAGACUGCCGUCUGACACGAAUGUGGUGACUCCCAACACAGAGUGCAGCUGGGACUUCACCACCAAGACCCGCUCCACCAAUGAAGACGGCACCUCGCUGGAUCUAGAGUGGGAAGACGAGGAAGGAAUCAAUCGUGCACUUCCAGCCUGGGAGAGGUCUCGGACGGAGGAGGACAUACUGCGUGCAGCCCUCAAGCCUGGCGGCAAACAGAUGACCAGCGGCCCGACCUCGGCCUCUGAGGACUCCAACGCACUGGAGUGGGAAAAUGAUUUUGUGAGUACCCUUCCAGAGGACAGUGCAGACACUGAAUUUGAAGGGUUUGUCAAUCCUGUCCUAGACACUCCCUCUGAGGACGCCUCAGACCACGGUCUCAGGUUGGACAACCAGGACAGAUAGUAUCCAGCACCAAAGGAGACGUUUGUUGUAUCCUCUUCAUGUCAAAGCCCACCACCUUUUUGCCUCAUGAAAUGGAAAGUUACAUACUUGUUCUUCAUAUUUCUGUAACAUGAGACUGAUGCUGCAGGAAUCUGUUGUGCAUAUCUACACUACAGUACAGUGUAGUGAUGUUUUUUAUCAAAUACUCAUUUUUUCAGUGCCUUCAUUUGCCAUAUUAGCCGACCAUUUAUGCAUUGUAACUUAAUCAGUUCAGUUACCAACCAUUACCAUUUGACGCAUUGUGUAAGCCCCCGAUCAGACAGAGCCUUAUAUUUAAAAAAUAAUAAUAAUAAAAAAAGAGUUUUAUCUUUCUUUCUUGGCAUCCACCAAAUGAGUGCUAACAUAUCUGAACACGAACCAUGAAAUGUUUGCUACCUAUUAGUUAAUGGUACAGUUUAAGUUAAUGAAAACAACUAAUUUACCUCCAGGCUGUUUUCUGUUCAGACCGUUGGUGAAGCCAAAUAACUCCCAAGUAUCCAGCAGCAGCCACCACACAAGGCUCAAUUCUUAGGAGAAAUGCCAAUGAUGUCUGACAUUUUUCUGCUCUGAGUUGAAGUUUUUUUCAACUCGAGGCGUUUAAGGCACUCCUGCGAAGAUGCGAGGCUCAUGGAGCAGAAAAACGCUAAAGCAGCGAGCAAAGUGCCUUCGUUGACAACAACUAUAAAAAGUCACCCCAAACUUCUAAAACGCGCUCUGUCUGAUCAGGCCCUCGGUGCUUAUUGUCGAUGCACAGAUGGUGACCAGGUGAUCAUACAGAAAAUGCCAAGAUACUCUAACGCUGUGUGUUAUAAUCACUAAUGGAUAUGACAUAUUUAAUUUGUUGUAGGGAGAGGGAAGUUCCAUAAGUAACUUUUUAAAUCCCAGCAUGGACAUUUCUCUGCAUUUGACCUAUCUUAACUAUUUAGUAGGGGUGCAACAAUACAUCAUAUGUCAUCAGUGCAAAGGGAAAAAAUCGAUCAUAUCAUGUUUCAGACACGCCCUUAUCAAAGAUUCUUUACUGAUAACAAUAUUUUAAUUUAAACAAAAAUGUAGCACUUGAUGGUGAAUAACUCUUUAUUCAAAUCAUAUUUGAGUUGCUUUUUGUGAGUUCAUGAUUGUGUUAAACGUGCAUAUAUCGUCUCGUAUCGAUCGCAGGCCCUGAACUCAACUGAAUCGAUAUCGCAUCCUGGCAGACUUUGUGAUAUCAUAUCGUUUCCCAAGGAAUCGAUAUAAUAUUGUAUCAUGACGAAACAUUUACACCCCUACUAUCUAGCAGCAGCAGACAGUCAGUGUGAUGCAUCUCCAGUGCAUUGGUCUGUGGCAAUGAAGUGUUCCCACAUGUCCUUUUGGUGUGUGGAGAAAACACACAAACUGAAAAAAAGCACCAACAAAAUCCAAAAGUCCUCGCUCAGCCCUCAGUCUCUGCACCUUAAGUGUUAUACAGUUGUUGCAUGAUGGCAAGAAAGGAACUGAAUUCCAUAUCAAGGAAUAAAUAUUAAACACAAUAAUUGUGUUGAUUCAGUGUAAUAAUACAGUCUCAACAUUUGAUCAGACCCAGGAUUGUUUCUACAGUCGCUCGGGUGAAGAUGGGAUAUUAUCACCAUCUAAAUCAUGGAUUUAUUGCACAACAUCGUUUCAGUCACACUUUUGUGUCAUUUAUUUGACGAUGAUUUCCGCCUGGGUGCCCAGCAUGCCAUCAAGCAGCAGCACCCGCAAAUAAGGCAUAGGUUGUGUGCUGUGAGUGCAUGCACUCUGAAGAGAAAGCUCCCACUCCACUCAGGCUUCUCAGUAAAAUUGCCAAUUUGGGACCCAUCAAAUGUAAACCUGCUUAACUGUAAUGUGCAUUUCUGAUAUUUUAAUAGAUCAACAAAUAGAGUACCUGCUGUAUGAGACAUCCAUUUACAUUCAAAUGCAGUCUUUCAUAUCUGAUUAAAUGUGUCGGUCUUUCAGGGCUAACGGCCUCGUGUUCAUAAAAAUAAAUACACUUUCACUGUCCAUUUGCAGUAAUGUGCUCAGUGGUUUAAUGUUUCUAAAUAUAGAACUUUCCAUAAGUAACAUCUGCCAACAAUAGACCUUUUUAUAAAACAACUUAAUUAAGCACAUCCUCCUCCUAAAAGGCCUAUUGGUUCAUCGUGGGACAUCUGGGUUUUAGACUGCCUUUGUUCUUUUUUGACACUUAAGAUUUUAUUAGAUCUUUUUAAAGGUCAAAACAAUAGCGCAGAAGAGCAACAUCAUUGCCAGGCACCAUGACAUCCACAACAUCUGCACCACAAACAUAAUAUAUGGAUUAUUAAGGACAGGGUCUUUAUGCAUCUCUACAUAAUUACCAUAUACUUAUCUAUGAUUGGCAAAGCUGGCGGCAAACCACAGUUCACGUUCCUUAUGCCAUCAAAUAUAUGAACUAAACUGGCCUUUUUCAUAGACAUAAUUAUUAUUAUUCUCAGUCACAAAUCUAAACAAGGGUAAAGCUAAAGAAUAGACAUUAUGGAUAAUUGCUCUGAGCUACUGGGAAAUGAUUGCAGAAUAUACAACAUGGGUGGAACAUCACACAAGACAAUCUUUAUUAAAAACAAAUCUAUUUACCAGCUUUAAAAAAAGAUUCUGAUGAUUUCUGAUUGCUGUCAUUUGGUGUUCGGCUUGUAUUCAGGGGACAAAUCAUUAAGUGUAAUAACUGUUGCUCUAAACUAAAGACAUUCAUGAAUCAUAAUCCUGUUGUUGUUCACUGCUUAUAAUGAAAGCAAUACUUUGUGGAGAUUGUGUGAGUCUGGAUGAAAAAGAUUAAUGUGUGGUGUAGUAAUAAUAAUGCAUCUAAUGCUGCUGUGUACAUUAUUCUACGUCUUGUGCUUUGACCAUCACAUACAUGGGACAUUAGUUUUUCACCAUGAUUAUUUAAUCAAAGGUCGUUGGCUGAUUGCGCUCCAGUGUGUGGAGUUUUACUUUGGUGUUUUCAGCUUGAAGAGGAAGCUGAGCUGAGAAAUGUGCACUGCUGUUGGAAGUGUGAAGACGAGACACGGGUUGAUUUGUAUUUUCAAUUUACUUCUUUAAUAUUUGAGUGUUAUUUUUAGAAAAGUCUGGUUUUGAACGCACACUUUUGCUGUGAUUACAUGAUCUCUAAUUAAUCACUGUAACUUUCUGUACAAAUAAAACCAACUUCACAUUCCUUUGUCACACUGAGCCUGAGAGGGAAAAAUAUAUUGUAGAAAAAUGUAUCGGGCAUCACAUGCACUGACUGUAAUGACCAAAUGUACACGAAGGAUGGCUCAAAUUAAUGUUUUUAACAGAAACGGCCUCACCUUAACAGUGGAAGUCAAUUCUUUAUGUGAAUUGAGUCUUUUUCAAGGCGAUAUUUCCCACUGGCCUAAUGUCAGAAUGAUUCUAUCGCCUGAAGUACAAGACAUAAGGGUGACGGACCGAAGUAACUGGUAAGUUUACAGGACUACAGGCAGCAUCUAAACCAAGUCAAUGUUUUACUUAACAUCACAAUACACAUUACAAAUUUACAAUGCAAGUUUAAAAAGUAGGUAGAUCUGAGCUCUCUAUGAGCUCCUGAUGUUCCACAGAGAGAACUUUAACUAGAGGUACUAUAUGGCUGCGUUAUAAGACCAGAGGUUGGGCUGCCUUUCAUUUUCAUUGCACUGUUUCUUUGUGUUUUUACAGCUCAGUUGAACAUGUUCAGGGGUUUGAGUCUCUUUUUUAGGAAUCCAUAAAAUACUGUAAGCUCAUCCACCAAAGCCUAUUUACACUGUACAACGUAUCAUUUUUAUUAAAGUUGAUACAAGUAUCGUA